AGAGUCAUAAUGAAAUUUUGGUAAUGCUUUAUUAUGAAAUACACCCUGAAGAGACGUGCCUAGAUGCACAUCUACACUGGGUCAGAUUACACAGAGAAUAUACGGAUUAUUAGAGCUGAAUUUAUCAUUCAUUCUUCACCAAAAAUGUUACAAAUAUCUGUCCUUUCUUUAAUCAAGAAUCAGUCAGCAAAAUGGCUCGUCUUGUUGCUUUCUGAAAAACAAACAUCAAUAAAAAUACCACGCGAAUUUAUGUUCAAAAAUACAUUAUAUAAUUAACUGCAUCUAAAAUAAAAGAUUUUGUGUUCAUAAUAUAUCUGUGUAUAUUUAUUAUGUAAAUUUUGCUAACAUAAAUUUAAUAUGCAAGUUAUUAUGCAUGAAUACAUUUUUUUAUUUUAUUUUUAUAUUAAAUAUAUUUUUCAUUUGACAGAACUAAUAUAUAUAUAUAUAUUUUUUUUCUUUCUUAAAUUAGGCUUAUUUAUUAUUAUUAUUAUUAUUAUUAUUAUUUAUUUCACAAAAAGGGAAAGUGUGCUUUAAUCAACAUUCAUCAGUGUAGUCAGACUUAGAUUAGUUAGGCCACGUUUAGUUUUUCUGCUUAAACUUAAGUUGCUUUUGAUGUUUUUAAGAGCACUAUGAAUUCUUAAUCUUACUGCAGCCCAGCCCAAAUAUACAAUGCAUUCAUGCAUUUCAUGUAAAAACAUCAUAGAAAACUCUCACUGUGCUUGAAUUGAGCUUCCAGUGACAAAAAUAAAAAAAUAUAUAAUAAUAAAAAACAUUAUUUAAAGUGUUUAGGCAAGGCCAUACACACAUAAAACAGCCAUUAAAAUAAUCAUCACAACAAUAAAAACCAGAAAUAAAAAUAGAAAUACAGUACUUAAACACACAACAUAGUAUUGUACGUGUGGAGGUUUUUGAGAGUCUGGGUGGGGGCCGUCCCAAAGUCUCCAAAGUCUCGCACGCCUUCUUCCUGGCCAAUCAGCGGCGAGAAUCUCCGUGACGCAGGCCUACUCAAACGACUAGUGCGUGAAGAGGGAGGAAUUAAUAGUGACAUCAUUUCGCAGCAUCACCGUACCGGAUAGAGCAAGUCCAAGAAAGAGUUUGAGAAACUCGAAGAACAUGAUCAGACGCCAAAAGUGACUUACGAUCAGCCGAAGACACACCUGACGAGUUUAAGAGAGCCAGAGAAGACGGAAGACGAUGAUCGCGUCUCACUUACUCGCGUACUACUUCACCGAGCUCCACCACGACCACGUCCAGAACGUGGAUAAGUACCUGUAUCACCUGCGACUGUCCGAUGAGAACCUGAUGGACGUGUCCAAGCGCUUCAGGAGAGAGAUGGAUAAAGGACUGGGCCGAGACACUAACCUGACCGCGUCCGUCAAGAUGCUGCCCACCUUCGUCCGCUCCACGCCGGACGGCACAGAAACGGGAGACUUUCUCGCUCUAGACCUGGGGGGAACUAAUUUCCGGGUUCUGCUCGUUCGAGUGUCCAGUAACGGCAAGCAGACGGUGGAGAUGGAGAACCAGAUCUACGCCAUUCCUGAGAACAUCAUGAGAGGCAGCGGCUCCGAGCUCUUCGAUCACAUAGCUGAAUGCUUGGCUAAUUUCCUUGAGAAAUUGGGCAUCAAAGACAAGAAGCUGCCUCUUGGCUUUACCUUUUCUUUUCCGUGCCAGCAGACCAAACUAGAUGAGAGUUUUCUGGUGUCUUGGACCAAAGGCUUUAAGGCGAGUGGAGUGGAGGGACGAGAUGUUGUGGGCCUGUUGAGAAAAGCCAUCAAGAAGAGAGGAGACUUUGACAUCGACAUUGUGGCUGUGAUCAAUGACACCGUGGGCACCAUGAUGACCUGUGGCUACGACGACCAUCACUGUGAGAUCGGCCUCAUCGUCGGGACGGGCACCAACGCGUGCUACAUGGAGGAGAUGCGUCACCUGGAGCUGGUGGACGGUGAUGAAGGCCGAAUGUGUGUGAACAUGGAGUGGGGUGCGUUCGGAGAUGACGGGGCCCUGGACGACAUCCGCACCGACUUCGACCGGGAGAUCGACGCCGGCUCCCUCAACCCCGGAAAACAGCUGUUCGAGAAGAUGAUCAGCGGGAUGUACAUGGGCGAGCUGGUCAGACUCAUCCUGGUCAAGAUGACCAAAGACGGCCUGCUUUUCCAGGGACACACCACUCCGGAUCUGCUCACCACCGGCCACUUCCAGACCUCCUUCGUCUCUGUCAUCGAAAACAACAAGUUUGCGCGGCGGCUGAAUAAGAUGGUGAGGUUGUUGGUGCCGGACUGUGACGUGCGUUUCUUGCGCUCGGAGGACGGCAGCGGUAAAGGGGCAGCGAUGGUCACUGCCGUGGCGUACCGGUUAGCGAAGCAGCACGCCGAGCGCCAGAGAAUCCUCGACACGCUCCGCCUCGAUCGAGAUCAGCUGCUGGGGGUGAAGAGGAGGAUGGAGGAGGAGAUGAAGAAAGGCUUGGCUAAAGAAACUCACUCCAAGGCCGCUGUAAAAAUGCUGCCCGCCUUUGUGCGCUCCAUGCCUGAUGGAACAGAGCGUGGAGACUUCUUGGCUCUGGAUCUGGGCGGCACAAACUUCAGGGUGCUGUUGGUGCGCGUUGGAAGCGGGAAAAGACGGAGCGUGGAGAUGCAUAAUAAGAUCUACACCAUCCCUCAAGACAUCACUCAGGGCACCGGCGAGGAGUUAUUCGAUCACAUAGUGCACUGCAUUGCUGACUUCCUGGAGUAUAUGGGUAUGAAGGGAGCGUCGCUGCCGCUGGGCUUCACCUUCUCGUUUCCCUGUCAUCAGACCCGACUGGAUCAGGGCGUCUUGAUAAAGUGGACGAAGGGCUUCAAGGCCUCGGGCUGUGAAGGAGAGGAUGUGGCCACGCUGCUCAAAGACGCCAUCCACCGCAGUGAGGAGUUUGAUCUGGACGUGGUGGCGGUGGUGAAUGACACCGUGGGCACCAUGAUGACCUGUGGCUACGAGGACCCUCAGUGUGAAGUGGGGCUCAUUGUCGGCACGGGGACUAAUGCGUGUUACAUGGAGGAGAUGUCCAACGUGGAGCUGGUGGAUGGAGAUCAGGGCCGUAUGUGUGUGAACAUGGAGUGGGGGGCGUUCGGAGACGACGGCGAGCUGGAUGACGUCUGCACAGAGUUUGAUCGAGCCGUAGAUGACCAGUCCACUUAUCCUGGCAAACAGCGAUACGAGAAGAUGAUCAGCGGCAUGUAUCUGGGAGAGAUCGUCAGGAACGUUCUCCUGGACUUCACUGCCAAAGGCCUGCUCUUCCGUGGCAAACUUUCAGAAAGACUGAAAACACGCGGAAUCUUCGAAACCAAGUUCCUGUCACAGAUCGAGAGCGACCGCCUGGCUCUGAGGCAGGUGCGCUCCGUCCUGCAGCACCUGGGUCUGACCAGCAGCACGUGUGACGACAGCAUUCUGGUGAAGGAGGUCUGCAGCGUGGUGUCCAGACGAGCGGCGCAGCUCUGCGGAGCCGGUCUCUCCGCUGUGGUGGACAAGAUACGAGUGAACCGCGGCCUGGAGAAGCUCAGCAUCACCGUGGGAGUGGACGGCACGCUCUACAAACUCCACCCGCACUUCGCCACCAUCAUGAGGGAAACCUUACGAGACCUGGCGCCCGCCUGCGAGGUCACUCUCGUCCAAUCAGAAGACGGCAGCGGGAAAGGUGCCGCCCUCAUCACGGCCGUGGCCUGUCGGUUAAGAGAUGCUCGAAAGUAGAGACUGCACAAAAUAACGAGGGGGAUGUUAUACACUGAGCUUCCAGAUAUUCUUUUCUUUUUUCCGCCGCAGUGUGACCUUACUGAAACAGCACUCCUGUCUGCAAACGAAUGUAUCUUUGUUAUUUAUUUCUGCUUUAGGUCAUGCAUUGCAGGGAUUGGUGGAGGAUAGUUUGUAGAAAAAGGGUACAAAAACCAAAACAAAGAACGCUGAAGCAGAACAAAAACUAUUAACUGUUAUAUGUAUUUGUAUUGUUACUGAUUUGAAUUACUGUACCGUCUGAAAAAAAGCACAAAGAGAUUUUAUUCACCUUGUGAGCUGUGAAGAAUGUCUUUUCUUUCUGUACCUAACUGGAGUCCAGGCUUUUGUUCGUCAACUACGCUCCUAAAAAUAAAACGGCAAGAACCGUUCAGUCAAAGAACCUUUUUAUCACUUGAAGAACAAAUAAGAACGCAAAGGUCCUUGAGACGUCACAGGUUCUUUAUGGAACCAUUUAGAUGUAUAAACCUUCAUUUUUAAGAGCGUAGGUGAAUAAACGCAUCAUUUUGCACCAAACUCUUCCUUUUAAAGGACACCGAAAUGAAGAAACGGACUCGGCCUUAGUUCGCUGUUGCUGAAGGACGGACCUGCUGAGACUAGUUUGGUCUUCUGAAGCGGUCCAGCGCUGGUCUGAAGGAAGCUGGCAGAAAAAGCCCUGACUGGACGGUUUGAGGAGAACUUGAGGAGGUCUUGUGUGAUUUCUGCUAACGCUCACACAAGCCUGAAGCGAAUCUCUCGCUCCGUCUUUAAAUGCACGAUACUAACGGCACGGUCUCUUUUUAGCUCGGUGAGAUGAUCGCCGUGGAACUGAAGGCCCGGAGGAAUACGUGUUAUUGAUGAACGCCGCCGUCGCUGAUUGUUUAUCAUGUUGGGGAUAAUGCCAGGGUUUCUCUGCAGGCAAUUUUCAUCCAGUAAGAAAGCUUCCGCGAGCGAGUCUCAAUCACAUGAGAUCAAUCCGGGCGUUUAGUUUAUUUAGCCGUUUGGUUGAGUCGCUCGCUGGAAGUAGUGUUCAUUUUACAGCCUGAUUUCUGCUCCUCUCCGUCUAACACACAUACAGCUCACAACCAAUUGUCAGAAUUGAUGGAGCCUCCUGGAAAAUGUCAGGAAAUCUAUUUUUGCAUGUAAUUUCAGACCGCACGCAAAGACGGCACAGAAAGAUUUCUUUUUUUUUUUUUUACAUGAACACCGCAGGCUGUGGCAUCUGUGCAUUCAUGUCAGUUAUUGGUUAUGGAUGAUUAUAUACAUUUAUAUGGGUCGGGUUUGGAGUUAGGUGGACGGCAGGUUUGAUUUGAGAAGAAAAAAAACAUGUAAUAUAACUGUAUAUUAUCUUUUUAAAGGGUUUUGUGUUGUAAGAAGUCUAUGAUCAGUAAGCUGCAUUCGGAGUAACAGUAAAAUAUUGUCAAGAUUUAAAA